AGCCCUGGGGUGUCUGCUGCUGCAGUUGCUGCCCUGGAGGGCGUGUUCCAGGCCCUGGGCUUUGACAGCUGCAAGAGGAGGGAGGCUUCAGUCCAGGGCUUCCUUGAGGAGCUGGUUUGGUUCCGGGAGUGGCUGGAUGCCCAUGGGGGCCCUGUGGGCUGUGCCCUAGUGGCCUUGGUGGCCCCCAGCAAGCAACUGAGGCAGCCACAGCAGCUGGUCCGGGAGCUGAGCUGCUGUGAGGCCCUGCAGGGCUGCCCCAAAGUCUUCCUGCUGCUCUCCAGUGGCCCUGAGGCCUCCCCGGAGCCUGGAGCCUUCUUGGCUGGCUUGAGAGAGCUCUACGGCCGCUUUCCUCACUGGUCUCUGGUGCAGCUGCUGACGGAGCUCUUCUGCAGGGUGGCUGAAGAGUCCACAGGGGGCACCUCCUGCCCCGUCCUCCGGAGCUCCUUGCGGGGGACACUCUGCCUGGGAGGUGUGGAGCCCUGGAUGCCUGAGCCAGCCCCCGGCCCCAGCACUCACUAUGACCUGUCCGGGGCCAGGGCCGCCCUCCUCCUGGCUGUGAUCCGAGGCCGGCCUGGGGCCCAGCACGACGUGGAGGCACUGAGGGGGCUGUGCCAAGCCCUGGGCUUUGAGACCACCCUGAGGAUGGACCCUACAGCCCAGGCUUUCCAGGAGGAGCUGACCCACUUCCGGGAGCGGCUGGACACCCACAGUGGCCCUGUGAGCUGUGCCUUUGUGGCCCUGAUGGCCCAUGGGGGGCCUCGGGGACAGCUGAUGGGGGCUGAUGGGCAAGAGGUGCAGCCAGAGGUGCUGGAGCGGGAGCUGAGCCACUGCCGGGUGCUGCGGGGCUGCCCCAAGAUCUUCCUGCUGCAGGCCUGCCGUGGGGGGAACAGGGACGCUGGUGUGGGGCCCACAGCUCUCCCCUGGUACUGGCGCUGGCUGCGGGCACCGCCCUCCAUCCCUUCCCAUGCAGAUGUCCUCCAGAUCUACACUGAUGCCCAGGGCAGCGCCUCCAGGGGCUCCCCUCCAGGCAGCUCUGACCAAGCAGAUGUCCUAACAGUCUAUGCAGCCACCGAGGGCUAUGUGGCUUAUCGGGAUGAGAAGGGCUCAGACUUUAUCCAGACGCUGGUGGAGGUCCUCAGAGCCAAGCCCGGGGGAGACCUCCUGGAGCUGCUGACUGAGGUCAACAGGCGGGUGUGUGAGCAGGACGUGCUGGGCCCGGACUGCGACGAGCUCCGCAAGGCCUGCCUGGAGAUCCGCAGCUCGCUCAGGCGCCGACUCUGCCUGCAGGCAUGAGGGCCCCACAGCCACCCGGAGAGGGCUGAGAGGGCGGCCAAACCCCAGCGUCACCAUCGACCCGGUCCACUCUGUCUGCUCAUCUGUGAAUGGGGCUUGGCAGCAUGCGGCUGGC